UCCACGGUAACGCCAGUCAGAAGUUCCAAACAGAGUCUCCGUUCAUCUCGCUCGGCAACUAAAAUGUAUUCAGAAAAUGUCUCAGGUGUCACGUGCACCGAUCUUCCAUCGACUGGUGUGAAACCAGGGUAUCAAGGAAUAAAUGCCCAGAUCUCCCAGAUUCCAGGACUGUCCCAAACCAUCAUCUCUCCUCCUGACGAGAAGGCCCGAGGGCGGAGGUCCGGAGUCCUAGAGAGUGACUCUGACUUUGUCAAGCUUUCCAAACAAGGCGGCCAUAAGGGACUUUUAUGGCACGAGGAAAUAAUGACUUCUAAACCCGAGCCAUACAAAGCUGCAGGCUGGUUCUGCACUGCACCCGGGCACGAACCGAGUGAGGAGGAGAAAAACCCUGGAGCUUUUCAACCAGCAGAGCCCCCUUUUGGGACUGACAACAUGUCAACCUGGGAGAGGGAUGAUAGCAGCAGCAAUGGCAAAGAGAAGAACAACAACGUCCACUACAUCCCAACUGCGAGAGAGAGUGAGAAACCGCAGCCAUCCAAUCAAUAUUAUGAGAAAAAACAAUUCAAGAGGAUAACAUUUGGCAAGAAUGAAUCUCCCGUCGACAUGUCUAAGCUGUUGAGCUUUGGUUAUGCGGAAGACAACAAACCAACAGACAACAUUGAUUUGUCAAAUUAGAAGACUGCGAGUGCCGUGGGAAAAGGAUACAGAAACUCCAAUGCUUCCAACAGGAAUAGUUGCCAUCCCUCCAUUUAUUAACCCUUUCAUACUGAGCGACAUCAAGUGUUUUACUUAGUUCCAAGUGAUCUGUUCUGUCAGAUGUUAUUACUUAAGUGUGGAAGUGCUUCAUUGAAUUAAAGCUAUAGACCUUUUAUUUAUUGUGCGUGUUAGUGGUGCCUCAUUAAUAACUGACUUCCUUCAGUAAAGAAGGCACCAGUCAGUCUUUUGUUGUUUUGCUGUAUCUGUAACUCUGUAAAGGGAAGUUUUGAUUAUUCAAAUAAAAUUAAAAGUGAUU